GUUUCCCAUAUUAAAAAUAUUGCAACUAUUUUCAUCGCCUCGCCAUCGUCUGUCGCCUUCAACUCCUAAUGGGUCAGCCGUACGAUUUGCCAAGUAAAAAUCUAUUCUACAGAGCUCGACAUUAACGCUAAUCACACCUUAAUGCUAAGGCUAAUGCGAGUGUUUUGUUUUUGGCUUUGCGGGAGAAAUAUAUACACACUAGCAAACAUUUGCAAUUAAGAAACGUCCAUGUCUGCAAAACAUUUCAAGAAAACCAUUCAAUGCCAAGAAAGAGACUAUGAACGACAUCUAAGACAAACAACAGCCGAAAAGAGCACGUGUGAGCCACCGGCCAGCGGUUUUGUCAUAUACCAUCCAUCUGCACAUUCGCGUUGUUGUUUUUCGUUGCCUUGGGACUUGCCUAAAAUACCUGUCUCCUUCAAGAGGCCCUCGACCUCUUAUGCGAACGAGAAUGGCAAUGAAGACCUUGAGCCUUUGAAGUCGGUAUCAAACCAAGUUGAUUUCCAGAAUUCACUCCAAAGAGAAUGUAACCUCGAUUGCACUUACUUUAAUCGAAAUGAUAUUUUAAGGAUUCAUCAGAGAUACAGAGACCUGAACACAGACCUUAUACCUGAGGACUUCACGGAACUGGAUGUUCAACCAAAGUUGAAGUAUAAGUUUCUCCAACAACUUCCAGAAUUGAAAGAAAAUCCCUUUAGACGACGAAUCUGUGAAGUUUUUUCACCUGACGGGGACGGCAGCUUGACAUUUGACGAUUUCCUCAACAUGAUGUCAGUACUGAGCGAGUCAGCUCCCAGAGAACUCAAGACAAAAUACGCGUUCAAGAUAUUUGACUUUGAUCAGGACGACUACCUCGGCAAGGAAGAUCUCAAACAAACCUUGCGAGCCAUCACAGCUAAUGAACUUACAGAUGAGGAAAUGGAGUUUGUUUCUGAUAAGGUAUAGUCAUAAGCAUUUCUUUUUUUAAGAAAUUUGAAAAAGCUUUUAGCGCAGUUUCCUCUCCACUCCAUAUAUAUUUAUAUUAUGCAAUAAAAAAAUACAGCCAAUCAGAAUCAGGAAAGCCGUCGAUGGUAUUGCAGCCAACCUUCCCAUCGUGCGUUACGUGUGUGUCGCAUUCAAGUUGUAUUGGCCACUGUAGUUUCCAUGGCAUGGUAUAAAAUACUUGUGAAACGCUUUCUUGUGGUAUGCCCGCUUGUCACUUGCAUUUUCUUGGUACACACACUCUCCUAAAGGUUCGUGUAUAUACCGACAUAAUACUGCUAGCCCUCAUGAGAUACUCCAUAGUAUAUCAGGUUAGUGGGUCAAAAUGCACGCAGCUUUGCAGAAAUCAUACACACUUCGAAUCUAAUACGUAGCUGCGUGCAUGCGCUCAUGAUGUAAUUUGCCCCUGCUGUAGGGGGCCAAAUCGACGAACAAAUCCGUCCAAAGAAUUCUCGAUACAAACUGGAUUAGGAUUGCGCUACACUACGUGAACGCAAUCAAGGGAGAGCUUUUAGAAAUAUUAGGGGGGCCGAUUUAAAGUGAUCUACCGUCACGAAGAGAGUUCCACGUCCUUUGUAAUUAAUAUAUUUACUUUCUGUUUUGUUGUUGUUAAUUGUUGUUGUUGUUGUUGCUGUCGUUGUUCAUUAUAUUAACUGUUCAAGACGUAAAAGAUUGUCCAAAACGUUUUAUGACGCUCAACGCAAAAGUCCGAAAUACAGUGUCCACUUUCAAAGAUAAACUAAUUUCAAUAAUUACAUGAGUUAAGAACCUCUCA